UUCAUGCAUUAAUAUACAGGUUGUUAGUUCAAUUAACAUGCUUUUAAAUUAAGAUUGUCUUAAUGCAUUGACAAGCAAAAUAUGGCUUCUGCAAAAUAUUCUUCAAUAGAACAAGAACCUGUACGUCCUGUUACUGAAGCUGUGCAAGAAUAUAGAGUGAUAGAAGAUGGGGCGUUGGCUUACCAUCUGCAGGAACGAGAGAUUGAACACCACUAUGCUUGCAACGUGGAAAACAGGAGAACUGUCAUGCAGGACAUCAGGACAGCUCAGCAACUCCAAGAUGAGGAAGACAGACGAGCAAGAAUAUUUACUCUGGAGCAACAAGCUCAACUGGAAAAAACAGAUGAAAAGCUUGCGGAAGCUUACCAAGAAAAGUUGCUUAAAAAACAUUUGCAAAAAGAACAAGAAAGAAAAGAAAGAGAAGAAAGAGAUAAUGAAAUAGCAUUCAUGUUGAUGGAGAGAGAAAGAAGGAGAGAAAGAAGACAGCAAGCUGUAGAUCGUGACUUAGCUGAGAAAAUGAGUCGAAUGCCGACAAAAACAAUGGAAAGAAUGAAAAAAAUGACAGAUGAGGAACUUGCGCAGCGUUUACAGGCAGAAGAAGACAAAAAACUUUUGAUAAAAGAAAGGGAAAAGAAAAACCUGAAAGCUGUAGUUGAAAUGCAAGAUGAAGAGCUAGCUAGAUAUAUUCAUGAAAGAGAAAUAGAGGAAAAUUCCAUGGCACAAAGAGAUUCGAAAGACAAGAGUAAAAGAAAAAAGCAAAGAUCGAUAAAAUCACAUGAAAAUCAUCCACAUCUUCAUCACAAUGAUAAAAGAACUCCUCCUCAUGAUCAUCCUCGCAACCUCCCAUCAAGACCUGAUCCACGGAGGAAUGGAGGAAGCAUGAGAGACGAGACAGAUCGAACGAAUCCUCCUAAUCGUCCUCCACCUCCACGCACACGUGAGGAAGAUGAAACAAACCCGAAAUCAAUCCACAAUUUUACUCCUGCAAGACGGCAAGUAAAAAGUGAUCAUGAUGUUGAUGAUUGCGUUCAUCGACGAACGAAAAGUGAACGACCUCGACGACCUCCCCAGCCAUCACGUGAUCAUCAUGAGUUUGAAAGACGGAACUCUGAAUUAUCCCGUGAUCAUAAUGCAUCACGUAAUCAUAACACAUCACGUGAUAACCCUGCAUCACGUGAUCAUAAUGUAUCACGUGAUAGCCCUACAUCACGAGAUGAGCAAAGGCGUAAGUUAACUUCCAAAGAAGAACGUUUUCGUCAGGCAACAAAUAACAAUAACCAACAUCCAGCUGUAGAUCCUGAUAUAUCUGAUGAUAUUCCAUACAGUGAAAGAUUUGCUAGACUUGCUGCUCAAGAGAGUUGGAAUUAUGACCAAGUCCCAACCGAACAUAUGCGUAAGAAAAACAAAGGCGAUUGUAAACAGCAGUAAAUUGCCAAGCUCAGUUCUAUUUUUAACUCGUUUCAUAUCUCUUCUAAAAAUGAUUUUAUAUUUCAUUAGACCAAGUUUAUGUUUUAUCAUAACUUACUGUGUCAAAACUGCGCUUCAUAUAACAUUAAACCUGUAGGCAAGUAUCUGCUAUAUAUACCUUUUAUAUUUUGCAAUAUUUUUCUGAGCCAUAACCUUACAAUGUCAUAUUAAAGUAUAAAUCAAAUUUGUUUUGCAUUUUUAAUUUAAUGUAAAUUGAAUGGCACUUAGACAAUAGACUUGUUAACUCAUUUUGUAAAUUCAUAACAAAGGCCUCAAAAUUUGGAAAAAAGUUGAAUUAAGUGUCACAAAAUUUGCAUUAAAUAAAAGAUUUUUUUCCAAGCUGGUUUACCUAUGAUUUCAGCUUAAUUUUGAUAAGCCAAAAAAUAACCGUCAUUGCAUUUGUAAAUCCACCUACUUUUUUAUUUUGACACCAUUUGCCUUAAGUUAUAGAAUUAUGUUUUUAUCUAAUUUUAAGGGUCAUACUGUAGUGUGUGUAAGUUUUUUCUGAAAUCUAAAAUUGUCCGUAAGAAAAUGAACAGUUGUUACAGAAUUGUUUUGUGCUAAAAUGCUUGUGCAUUUUCCCCAGUUUUUCUGAACGAUUCUGAUAUAGUAGCGUGGGGGAAAACGGGAUACAUUUAGCACGUAAUAUCAAAAUAUCCUGAUCAAAUUUUAAAUAUUUUUUAACAACGACCCAUGUGAGUCGUGAGGAUCGAUUUAAAAUUUGUUGAUUGUUGUUUGUUUACUACCAAAUGGGACAAGAAAAUAGAAAAAAGUUUUUUUAUCUUUCCCACUCUACUAUAUGUGUUAAUACAUUCUUACUCUCUGUUACUGAAUUUAAAAGUUUUUUUAAGCAACUUGUAGAUUUUUGCUUUCAUGUUUAUACUCACAUUCCAAUCUUUUGUAACAAAAUAACACAAGCUUCUAUUUCUUUUUUUUAGCUCCAUUUAAAAAAAAGUCGAUUUUGUGUUUGUUUCCUAAAUGAAUUAGGUCUGUACAGUAAAACUGCACACAACACG